AUGUCUACCAAUAUAAUCGAUACACAAUUUUCGUCAAAAAUGGAUUCUAAAUCGUAUACAAACAUUCUUGAACCACAUAUUCCAGUUACAAAUAAUGCAUAUUCUACUAACAUUUUGAAUAUAAUAUUUAUUAAACUUAUUUAUUUUAUCAAACUUAUUUUUAAUCUGUUCUUUCAGCGUAAAUUUAUUCUCCAUCGUUUAACUGGUCUAUCAUAUCUACUUCAGUAUGCUUAUGCAUUUUAUUUGUACUUUAAGGAUUAUGAAUCGUUCAAAACUUCGUUUGUGACUUGGUCUUUGCCGUUAACAGGUGUACUUCAAUCAUUAACAGCUAUCUAUACGUUUACAUUUUUAUCUCGUACAAAACGUGAUGCUGGUUAUUAUUCUGAUCGUGGUACUCUCUCAUAUCCAUUUAUUAUUGAAAACUCAUUCUUCGCUUUAAUAUUAUUAUUUGCAUGGCUGUAUUAUUCGGAUAGAUUUUAUUCAUUAUUUAGUUCAUCAAUCAUAAUCGAUAAUUUAUUUGUAUUUUUGCCUUUUAUUCUAAGACAAUUAUGGCCGAAAACAAGUUUUCGAGACUCAAUAUAUAAUUCAGAAAAAACCAAAACAAAUCGAAAUAGAAAAUUCUUUUUUAUUGUUACACUUAUGACAAAAUUCUUUUAUGUUUGGGCAAAACAUUAUAUUGGAUACUUUUUAAAUUAUGUUCGAUUUUUUAAUCGUGCCGAUUCAGAACAAAUUUAUCAUAUUCAUUUAUUACUUGUUUUUAGUGCUUUUGCAACAACAAUAUCUAUAUUUCUUCACACCCUAAAAUUUAAAGGUUAUUUAGGGCCAAAACUAUCGUUUAUGAUUUAUAUGGUUUCAUAUUUAGCUACGUUUUAUUCAUUUAUACAAAUACGAAGCAUAUUUAUUAUAAAUAUAGAUUUAACUAUAUACGUAUUCAUUGGAUUAGUAUUGAAUUUUACAAAAUAUCAACAUGCAUAUCAAAUAAUUUUGAUGAUUCUAUUUAAUUCACAUAAACAUAAUAUGCUAUCGAGUGAUAUUUCCAAGUAUUUAUUCUUACCACAAGUUGGAAUUCAAUCAACCUAUUAA